AUGGAGCGUUCGUCCGCAAGCAAAAACAUCCGUAACAGCAACAGCGACAUGGAGCCUCAAGCGAAAAAGGCCAAGACAGACAACACGGUAUCAUUAACCGAAGAGACGAAGGAAGGCGCUGAUGAUGAACAACGUCAACCUUCCUGGUUGCCCAAGGGUUGUUCUGUUGUACGUGUUCCUGUGUUGGGAAAGGAAGGUCUGAAAAAGUUGUUUGCUUUUCCUGCCACCCUGGUCUAUGACAAUCUUGCAUGUCUGCUUGGGCUAAAGCUCAAUCCGUGGACAGCUGAUUCCACAUCUGGUUGUGAAAGUCAACCUUGUCAUGGUGGGUGCCUAGAGGUUGAAAGCAAUGCUUUGGUGGAUCUUCAAAUCACAGACCAAAUGUGUUGUGCAUACGUGUACUUCUGCCGCAUGGGCUUUGUGGAAGGUAUUUUCACCGACCUCUCUGAAUUUUUGCUACGCCUUGCAGCCCCAGAUGAGUUGAUGCAACGGUACCAACUGGAUGUUGGAAAGUCUAACAUCAAGUUUGCAGUUCGUUCUUACAUUCAAAGCCUGGGGCGACAUGACUAUGGCCAACACACUGAUGUAGUUGGCUUCUUUGCAGAAUGGAUCUGGCCAAUUGAUCGUGUUCCUUUUGAUGCCAUUCUAAUUCCCCUGACAGAUCGACCUCCAUAUCCCUCCAAGAAAUUUGUUCGUUUGCAUCAAACGCCCGAGCAAACUGAAGCCCUACAAAAGCGACUGCAGAGAGAAGUCUGGAAACUGGAUGCUGUACAAAACGCCAUGCAGUCUGGAAGAGGACGCAAUAGCGAUACCAUUGAGUCUCUCCGACACUAUGUGAUUGGAUUGAUGAUGGAAGAACGUCUUCCGUACUAUAACAUUCCGAUUCUAGAAGCCGUCGGUGAGCCAAAGCAAGAAGACGAGGAGGAAGCAGGAGAUGGGACCACGGUUUCCAAUGCCCGAAAGAACGAGGACGGAUGA